GUUAACCGUUAAUCUCCGGACUGGCUUCCGCCCAGUCACAGCGAGGCCCUUCGAGCUUGUUCACCUUACAGUCUGGGCCCACCCGGGACCUGCCGCCUGUGUGGGGCAGGCGGGGCGUUUUUAACUAGCUUUCCUGGCCUCUAUGCGUACUAAAUCUGCUCCGCGGUUUCUGCAGCCCAGGCCGUGGUAGAUACUCGUCUCCUGAAGUCUGUAGGCGCAACAGUCCAGAACCUCUGGACAGCCACGUGUAGCCUGUGCCCGGGGUUCCUGAGUGCCUCUCCGUAUAACUACUGUAGAAGGUCUUUACUAAGUUAAGAUUCUGCUAUCUUAAAGUAGACUCAAAAUGAGGAAAUGUAUGGGAGCAUAUGAAUAGUGCAUCAAAGUAACAGUAACUAAGAAACUGUCAGAGAAUAAAACUUAAAUACUCCUCCUAUGGGACGCCCUCAGGAAAAUCCUCUACAGAGGCUGACACUCCUGACACUGAUCAUGGAUCUUGAUGGCUCUGAACAAGAUCCUGAAGUGAAGGAAUAUUCUCCUGUCUGUGUUGGCAGAGAAGAUGACAUUAAAAAAUCUAAAAGAAUGACAGCUGUUGUCCAUGAUAGAGAAGUGGUCAUUUUCUACCACAAAGGAGAAUAUCAUGCGAUGGAUAUUCGCUGUUACCACUCAGGAGGGCCUUUACAUUUGGGAGAAAUAGAGGAGUUUGACGGACGACCAUGCAUAGUUUGCCCCUGGCAUAAAUACAAAAUUACUUUGGCAACAGGAGAAGGACUAUACCAGUCUAUAAACCCUAGAGAUCCAUCAGCAAAACCUGAGUGGUGCUCCAAAGGAGUAAAGCAAAGGAUUCAUACAGUGACAGUGGACAAUGGGAACAUUUACGUGACUCUUUCUAAAGAACCUUUUAAGUGUGACUCUGAUUUUUAUGCCACUGGAGACUUCAAAGUCAUUCAGAGUUCUUUCUGAUAAAAUUAUAUGGCAAUGAAAAAUGG